AUGAGGGACGCCAAUGUUUUUGCAUUUUGCAAGGCCAUGCCUCAAAUGAGCUGGUCUCCGUGUAACCUCUACAACCUCUGGAGGCGGUCCUGUGGUGCUGAGGCCGAGGCCAUUGACUUCACUUGCUCACCUAAGACACUGUUUCAGCAGCGUUGGAUCUUGAAAGCACUCAUACAUGCGUCCCAUGGCGACUUCAUCAACAAGAAAAUCUUCAAGUGA